AUGACUCCGAAACGUAUUCCUUUUAUUGACAAGGUCUACACUUCUGUAGGCACGGAAGAAUGGCACCAACGAUGUGGUCUUGAUGUUGCCGAAGCUCCAUCGGUCUCCAAAGGCCAUGUAAACCUGAAGAGGCUGUGCACAUUCUUGAGUUCUCAUGCUGGCCUUAGUAAUCUCUCUGCCGCUCUCAGAAGCACUCAUGUUCCCCUCGGUACCCUAUGUCAUCACAAACCGGCGACUUCAUCAACUACAACACCUGCCAAGUCAAAGGAAGGUGCGGCAAUGGAAAUGAAGUUUGAAGAGGGUGGAAAGUUCGAAGACCUUCCUGGUGCGAAGAUUGGAGAGGUGGUCGUGCGAUUUCCUCCCGAGGCUAGCGGUUUCAUGCAUAUUGGCCAUGCGAAAGCUGCUCUGCUCAAUUACCACUAUAAGCAAAUAUUUAAAGGGAAGUUGCUCUUACGUUUUGACGACACGAAUCCGGCCAAGGAGAAUGCCGAUUUUGAGGAGGCAAUAUUGGCUGAUUUGCCGCGUCUGGGUGUGCAUUGGGAUUCGCUCACCUACACUUCUGACUACUUUGAUCGCAUGAUUGAUUUCUGCACACAGUUAAUCAAGGAUGGUAAAGCCUAUGCCGAUGACACCGACGCAGAAACUAUGCGAAAUCAACGGGAAGCACGGCAAGAGUCAGCAUGUCGCCAUAAUUCCGUGGAAAAGAAUUUGGCCAUGUGGAAGGAGAUGCAGGAAGCUACCGAACAUGGUUUAAAAACUUGUAUCCGUGCCAAAAUCGACAUGUCGUCUGAUAACGGCGCCAUGCGUGAUCCAACGAUCUUCAGGUGCAAGUUGGAGCCACACAUCCGCACAGGCACCAAAUACAAGGUCUUUCCUAUCUACGACUUCGCCUGUCCCAUUGUCGAUAGUUUGGAAGGCGUGACCCAUGCUCUUCGGACUUCUGAGUACAACGACAGAAACGAACAAUACUACUGGAUGUGCGACGCCCUCAAGAUCCGUAAACCCCUGGUGAUCGACUUCUCUCGUCUGGCUCUUCAAUCGACGCUGCUGUCGAAGCGCAAGCUUACCUGGUUUGUUGACCAGGGCAUUGUGACGGGUUGGGACGAUCCACGGAUGCCGACGGUGCGCGGAAUUCUCCGUCACGGUCUCACACCCGAAGGUCUCCGCCAGUUCAUCCUGGCGCAAGGUUCCAGCAAAGCCACGGGUACCAUGGAGUGGGACAAGAUUUGGGCCUUCAACAAGAAGGUGAUCGAUCCCGUCGCACCGCGCUACACGGGCCUCCUGAUAACCCACGGUGGACUAGUGCCCGUUAAUGUCGACGGCCAGAAGACGGCUGCCACCAAACAGGUUGGACUGACUGCGCUGCAUCCUAAGGACCCGACUGUCGGUGAGAAGACGAUUGUCUUAGCUCCUGUUGUCUUCGUCGAACAUGCUGACGCCGAGUGCUUCACGGAGGGGCAGAAUGUGACAUUUGUCAACUGGGGCAAUUUGCGCAUCACCAAGAUCCACAAAAAAGAUGGCGUGGUUGUGUCGGUGGAUGCGGAACUUAACCUGGAGGAUACGGACUACAAGAAAACGCAAAAAGUCACUUGGUUGGCAGAUCCAAAUCACGCGAAAAACCUGCCUCAGGAACUCACUCAGCUGACACCUCUGUCCUGUCUGACCUACGGGCCCCUCAUCUCAAAGCCGCUCAUCUCGAAGGACGAGAAUUUCGUCGAUUUCGUUAAUCGUGACGCCGUGACCGAAGAAAGCUACUUCGGCGAUCCACAAUUGAGGCAUCUAAGGAGCGGCGACAUUAUCCAGAUUCAGCGCAAAGGCUUCUUCAUCUGCGAUCGACCCUACAUGGCCUGUCAUGAAGCCACUGGGAAGGAGUCGCCGUGCGUUCUCAUCUUCAUUCCCGACGGAGCGACGAAGGCUCGCCCAACGACCGGAUCCAAGUACACAGUUGAGAAGUCAGGUGACAAGGCUUCUGAAUCUUCCGAGCCCAAGGGGUCCGCCAAGGGCAAACCCGCUGCCAACUUGAGCCCAGAGGAGGCAGCCAAGCGAGCAGAAAAGGAGCGCCAGAAGGAGGAGAAAAAAGCCGCAAGGAAGGCGGGACGUGAGCAGGCGAAGCUGAAGGCCACCUCUCAGCACUCCACGUCUCCUCCCGCUGCGUCCACUACUCCCGCCGCUUCGGCUGCGUCCGCGAAGAAGCCUACAGGCGGUGUGGAACCCUCAAACAAGAAGGAAAAGACCGCGAAGCCAAAGGAAACACACGCUCCAAACGAGAGCCAGAAGAAAUCGGAGGAGUCGUCUGUGAAGAAGCAGACGCGACUUGGACUAGAGGCGAAGAAGGAGGAGGACACAGCAGAAUGGUACACCCAGGUGAUCACGAAGGCCGAAAUGCUGGAGUACUACGACGUGUCGGGGUGCUACAUCCUCCGGCCCUGGAGUUACUUCAUUUGGAGUCAAAUUCAGGCCUUCUUUGACAAGGCCAUUGCCGCCCUGGGAGUCGACAACGCCUACUUCCCCAUCUUCGUCUCUAAGGCCGCGCUCGAGUUGGAGAAGGAGCACAUCGCGGAUUUCGCCCCUGAGGCAAGUUGGGAGGCAAUUUCGCUUUGGAAUGUUCCGCUAGACUUCGAUUGCCUGAACCUUAUUUUCACACGGAUUGCACUUGCUGUGGUUCAGGUUGCGUGGGUAACCAGAUCUGGUUCCUCCGACUUCGCUGAACCGGUCGCCAUCCGUCCGACCAGCGAGACUGUCAUGUAUCCCGCGUUUGCGAAGACCCGGGAGUUUCUGUGGCAGGAGGGUCACACGGCUUUCGCGACAAAGGACGAAGCCGCCGCCGAAGUCCUCACGAUCCUCGAUCUGUACCGCGACGUUUAUCGUGAUCUCCUCGCCAUCCCCGCCAUCAGGGGUCGCAAGACAGAGCGCGAGAAGUUUCCCGGUGGCGACUACACAACCACAGUCGAAGUCUACAUUGGAGCCUCGGGCCGGUGCAUUCAGGGCGCCACCUCGCACCACCUGGGUCAGAACUUCAGCCGAAUGUUCAACGUGGUGUUCGAGGACCCCGAGACCAAAGUGGCGCGUCACGUGUACCAGAACUCCUGGGGCAUCACGACGCGCACCAUCGGGGUGAUGGUGAUGGUUCACUCCGACAACCAGGGCCUCGUUCUGCCGCCCCGUGUGGCCAAGUACCAGGUUGUGGUGGUGCCGUGCGGCGUAACCGCCAAGACCACUGACGCCGAGCGUGCCCAACUGGCGGAAAAGGCCACCGAAAUAGCCAAUGAGCUGCGCAAUGUGAGCGGUCUUCGGGUGCACCUCGACGACCGUGACCACGUCUCGCCAGGGUGGAAAUUCAACCACUGGGAGCUGAAGGGUGUGCCCGUGCGUGUGGAGAUUGGCUUUAAGGACCUCGCCGCGCGCCAGGUCACUGCGGUAAUUCGAUGCACCGGUGAAAAGCGCGCGAUUCCCCUGUCCCAGCUCAACACUGCGAUGCCCGCCCUCCUGGACGAAAUUCACAGCAUCAUGCUGACUCGGGCUGUUGAGGAACAGGUGUCGCACAUCGUCUCCGCCGAAGACAUGGAGGGCUUGACGAGAGCGCUCGACAAAAAGUGCCUUGUCCUCGCGCCCUUCUGUGGUGAGCCCGCCUGCGAGGACGCGGUUCGCACUGAAUCGGCCCAAAACGUGGUGGUAACGCCCGGAGCCCCGUCAAUGGGUGCCAAGUCGCUGUGCGUGCCCUUCGACAAUGAACUGGUGGGCCUCAAGACGGGAUGCGUGGACGCCAACUGCCGCUGCAUCCGUCAUCCCCUGUGCACCAGGCCGGCCACUUUCUAUACCCUCUUUGGUAGAAGCUACUAG